UAACAUAAACUACAAUUUUUGGUUGGUGAUAGAAAAGGGAUUACCAUAAUUUUUUAAAAGAAUUUAGGCCGAGUUAAAAUGAUUUCAUUCGUGAAUAUUUUAAGUUGUUUUUCUGUCUUUUUGUUCAUUUUGGCGUUCGGAGAUUUGGCUGUUCGUGUGGAAGCCAGGGCUUUUUUUGUGUUCGGAGACUCGCUGGUGGAUAAUGGCAACAACAACUAUCUCGUCACUACUGCUAGGGCCGACGCUCCGCCCUACGGCAUCGACUACCCGACCCAUCGCCCCACCGGCCGGUUUUCCAAUGGGCUUAACAUCCCUGAUAUAAUUAGUGAAGAAAUGGGUUGGGAACCCACACUGCCAUACUUGAGCCCUGAGCUUAGAGGCUCCAAACUACUGGUUGGCGCCAACUUCGCCUCUGCGGGUGUUGGAGUACUUAAUGACACUGGAAUUCAAUUUGUGAACAUAAUUAGGAUAUACCAACAGCUGAACUAUUUUGAGGAAUACCAGCAAAGGUUGAGAGCAGAGAUCGGAGUAGACGAAGCUCGCAAAGUUGUGAAUGAAUCACUUGUUCUCAUCACUUUGGGGGGCAAUGACUUUGUCAAUAAUUACUAUUUGGUCCCUUACUCUGCACGUUCUCGACAGUAUUCCCUCCCAGACUACGUCCCCUUCGUCAUAUCUGAGUACAAGAAAGUUCUCCGGAGACUAUACACACUCGGAGUGCUUCGAGUUAUAGUGACGGGAACAGGGCCGUUAGGGUGCGUGCCGGCAGAACUGGCGCUGCAUAGUAGGAACGGUGAAUGCGCGGAGGAACUGAUGGAGGCUGCACAGCUCUACAACCCUCAACUCCAGGAUAUGCUCAAAGAUCUCAACGACGAGAUCGGUCGCAAGGUUUUCAUCGCCGCCAAUACUAAUCAGAUGCACAUGGACUUCAUUUCCGAACCCCAACGUUUCGGAUUUAUAACCUCAAAAAUAGCUUGUUGUGGGCAAGGGCCAUACAAUGGGAUAGGGCUAUGCACACCUUUUUCAAAUCUGUGCCCAAACAGGGACUUAUAUGUGUUCUGGGACCCAUUCCAUCCAUCUGAAAAGGCCAACAGAAUCAUAGUACAACAAAUCUUGAAUGGAGACAACAAGUACAUGCAUCCCAUGAAUCUUCGUACCAUGUUGGCUAUGGAUUCCAAGGCUUGACCCCCAUUUUGAUUGAAACUCAAAGCCCAGCUCAACCCCAUUUACCAUCUUAAUUAUACUCAAUUUUAAUUACUUGUAUUUUCAUAUUUGUAGUUUGGUGUUGAUGGUGUGUUUGUGUCAUUGUAAGGACCUAAUUUCAUCAAUUUCAUUCAAUAAAUAAUGGAACAUGACUUCUUGUGUCUCCAAUUGCUUAUAA